GAAAUGACCCCUUUCCGGGAAUUAUUGACUUGUAUGGAACUGGAGGAGGACUCCCUGAAUAUAGGGCAUGCCUGCUGGCCAACUAUGGCUUUGCUGUGCUGGCUCUGGCUUUCUACAGCUAUGAAGAUCUCCCCAAAGAGAUGAAGGAAUUCCAUUUGGAAUAUUUUGAAGAAGCUGUAAACUAUAUGCUACAACACACCCAGGUUAAAGGUUCAGGGAUUGGGCUGCUUGGAAUCUCGAAGGGGGGUGACCUGUGCGUCUCCAUGGCUUCCUUCCUAAAGGGCAUCACGGCCACUGCCCUUAUCAACAGCUCCGUGGCAAAUGUGGGUGCAGUGCUCCGCUACAAGGACAUCACCAUUCCACCCCUUGGUGUCAAUGCAAAACGCAUCAAGGUCAACGAGUCUGGGAUUGCUGAUAUUGUCGAUAUACUGAACAACCCGCUAGAAGGGCCUGACCGCCAAAGCUUUAUCCCUUUGGAGAAGGCCGAAUGUCACUUCUUGUUCAUUGUUGGCCAGGAUGAUCGCAACUGGAAGAGCGAAUUCUUUGCAGUUGAGGGGAGCAAGCGUUUGCAAGCUUAUGGGAAGGAAAAGCCUAAGAUAGUCUGUUAUCCUGGAGCGGGGCACUACAUUGAACCUCCCUUUUUCCCGAUGUGUGCAGCCUCAAUGCACCUGCUAGUUGGCAAGCGUGUGGUGUGGGGAGGGGAGCCCAAAGCACACUGUGAGGCACAGAUAGAUGCUUGGCGGCAGAUCCAAGCUUUCUUCUCUAAACACCUCAUGGGCAAGCCAUGUGGAACAUCCCAUAAACUGUGA